GGUUUUACUUCAAGCUCACAUGAUACUGUUUUAUUCAUUCGUAAGACUGCUCGAGUAUCAUUCUUUUACUUCUUUAUGUUGACGAUAUGAUUAUUACUGGAGAUGAUAUUGUAAAGUAUGCCUCCAAUCUUGUUUCCAAGGCUGAACUCAAUGAUAGCAAGAGUGUUUCUACACCUCUUGAAUCUAAUGUCAAGUUUACAUCUAUGGAUGGUUCUCCACUUUUUAAUCCUACUCGUUAUCGGCAACUGGUUAGAACUCUGGUUUAUCUUACAACGACACGCCUUGACAUAGCAUAUGCAGUUCAUAUUGUUAGUCAGUUUAUGACUACUCCUCACUCCACUCAUUAUGCAACAGUACUUUGUAUUAGUUGUUAUGUUAAUGGGGCAUUGUUUCAUGGAUUCCAUUUUUUUGCUAACUCCUCCCUUGUUCUUCUCGCGUAUUCUAAUGCUGAUUGGACUAGUGAUUCUUCUUAUCACAGAUCUAGCACUGGUUACUGUCUUGUCCUUGGUAAUUCUUUUAUCUCUUUGCAAAGUGAGAAACAAACUAUUCCAUCUUGUUCUAGUACUAAAGCUGAGUAUAAAGCUCUCGAUAAUACCACAUUAGAACUUCUCUCAUUAUGGUGGCUUCUUGGAGAUAUAAGCAUUCCUCAACCUUCUUCUACUGAUUUAUAUUAUGAUAAUCAAAGUGUUAUAUAGAUUGCUCACAAUGAUGUCUUCUAUGAACGCACAAAGCAUAUCAAGAUUGAUUUGCCACUUUAUUUGUCAUCAUGUUGCAAAAGGAACUGUUCAUUUGAUUUUCAUUAGUUUUGUUGAUUAACCUGCUGAUUUGUUUAUAAGGCUCACUUCCCUUGACACUUCCAAACUCUUCUUUUCAAAUUUAGGUUGGUUUCCUCACCACCAGCACCAUCUUAAGUUUGAGGGGAGAUGUUAGAAUAUAAAAUAUCAAUAUUUAU